AUGGAGAAGAUCUGUGUAGCAGUUAGAGUGAGACCUCCUGUCACUGUAUCGGAAGACGCCACCGUUAAUGGAACCUCCUGGAAAGUAGAAGAAAAUCGCAUCUCUCUUCACAAAUCUCACGGCACUCCCAUCUCCGGCACCUCUUAUGCCUUCGAUCACGUGUUUGAUGAGAGUUGCACAAAUUCUAGAGUUUAUGAGCUCCUUACCAAGGAUCUCAUUCAUGCUGCAGUUGAGGGUUUUAAUGGAACGGUGUUUGCUUAUGGACAGACUAGUAGUGGAAAAACUUUUACAAUGAAUGGUUCUCAAAAUGAUCGAGGAAUUAUUCAUCGAGCUGUUAAAGAUGUCUUUAACAAAAUUCACAUGAUUUCUGAGAGAGAGUUUCUCAUACGAGUUUCAUAUAUGGAAAUUUAUAACGAGGAGAUUAUUGAUCUUUUUGCAGUAGAGAAUCAGAAGUUGCCAAUACAUGAGAGUUUGGAGCGUGGCGUGUUUGUUGCAGGACUAAAGGAGGAAAUUGUGAGUAAUUCUGAACAAGUGCUGAAGCUAAUUGAAGGAGGAGAAGGUUUGGAAGCAUAG